AUGUUCUUCGUGAUUGGUCUGACGAUCAUUCUUGUCGCUCUCGCUUGCCAAGCUGCUCCUCAACAGAGGAGACAACAGAAAGCACAAGUGGUUUAUUCAUGUACCGUUCCCAAUACCGUUGCUCUGACUUUUGAUGACGGACCGUAUAUUUACCUGCCAGAUGUUGUGAAUGCCCUAGUUGCGGCUGGGGUCAAGGGCACUUUUUUCUUCAUCUUACAAGUAUUCGACGAAGGGGGUUGCAUCUAUACUCCGGCCAUGGUGAGCAACGUCCUAUACGCGUACAACCACGGGAUGCAGGUCGCUUCUCAUACCUGGUCACACCCUUACCUUACGUCGCUCUCUCAAGAUCAAGUCGUAUCUCAAAUGUCCCAAAUUGACCUGGCGAUUGAACAAAUAACUGGUGCUUUACCUGCGUUUAUGCGCCCUCCGUAUGGCGCGUUCAAUGACGGAGUGUUGCAAGCGGCCGCGGCUCGUAACCAAACUGUGGUAGUUUGGGAUUUCGAGUGGGUCAUCGUCAGAACCAUUUAUAGGAAGUCAGAGCCGCUAAAAAUAUUUGCAUUGGGUCCUACUAGCUCAGGAGACAGUACUGGCGCUUCGCCCGCUCAACAAAUGGCUAGUUACGAUGCAUUGGUAGCGCGUCGCCCCAACACCGUAUUGUCUCUCGAACACGAGGUCUACGAAACGUCUGCUCACGAAGUUAUUCCAUACGCUAUCCAAAAGCUCAAAGGCGCCGGUUAUAAUCUCGUCACGGUCGCGGAGUGUCUCGGCAUGCAGCCCUACCAGUUCGUUAGCGCUCCCAUGGCUCAACAAGCUGUGAGUUGCACCAAAUUCCUCAUUAGCAUACCGCCCUCCUUCACGGAUUUUUUUAAUUGCAUGAAGCCGGGAAACAUUCCUAGUACCUGGCAUUGUUGA